AUGUCCGAUGACGUUAGUGCUCUAUUUAAGAAAAAAUCAGGAAAAAAAAAGGAUAAAGUGAAAAAGCAUGUCGUUAAUCUUGAUGAAGUAUUUGCUGAACUGAAAAAAAGUAAUCGAAAAUUGGAAGAUGAAAUAUUGGAGAAUGAGGAAGAGCUAGAAGAUGAAUAUAUUCAAGUCAUUCAACAAGAAGAAGACUUAAGUGAAAUAAUUCCACAGGGCUUAUCAAUAACUAACUAUGAUGAGGCAACAAUUAUUGAACAUACAGAACCAGAGGAAAAAAAAGAAGAUGUUCCCGUAACAACAAAAGGAUGGGGUACUGUUAAUCAGACAUCUGUUGAUACUCCCACAGUUAUUAAUACACAAUCAUCAUCAAGUGCUUAUGUUCCACCUGCCAGUCGUAAUUCUAGAGUUAGAAUUGAUAUAAACAGUGUUGCUUCAUUUCCAUCUAUAACAGACGCUCAAGAAAUUGAAAAAGAAAUAGAAGAACAUAAAUCUCAUAGUAGUUCAAUGACAAACACAGUUAAAGGUAAAGGUGUUGCAAUUAAUUUUGCUGAAUUAUUACCUAAGGUAGAAAAUAAUUUAGCACAGAUAUAUGGAUCAUCUAGAAUGGAUAAAAUUGGUAGUAGAUCAAAUUAUGAGAAACGUUAUGAUGAUGGUCCAGGUAGAGGAUAUCGUGAUGAUAGAGGUGGAGGAAGACGUGAUGAUAGACCAGAAAAAAAAUUAUUGCCAUGUGAUACUGAUACGAAUUGGAAAUCUGAUAAAGUUGGUCCGGUUAAUUCUGUAAGACAAGUGCCUGUUGACAAUACACCUGAUAACUGGAGAAGAGGUCCAGCCCCAACUUCGGCCCCCGAAGAACCUAAGAAUAAUUCAGAAAUUGAAAGAAGACCACCACCACCAUCAUCAUCAACAGGUACUUUACCUCCAGCCAAAAACCGUUAUGUUCCACCACAUAUGAGAAAUUAA